UAUCAGUUUUUGAAUUUUAUGAUUACAAAAAAGUUGAUAUUAUCGGUGAUAUCAGGGAGUGGAAAAAAUUUGAUAUUACCACGAUGUUAUUACCAUUGACACAUCAAAAGACGCAGGACGAAAUACUACGUCACAGUAGAAUUUGCUGCUUCAGUACUUAUGCAUUUGCUAAAUUUGUCGCACUGUAUAGCCUUAUUACAACUUUGUUGUUACCAUUAACGAUACAAGUAAUUGGUGGUCAAUAUGGUGUGCUUAUAUACCCCAGCGAAGGCCGUUUUGAAAAACUCUUUACUUUCACAGAUGUGCCUGCCGCAGUUGAGGCUAUUCCGAUAACCCUGCUCGCCCUUGUGCAUUUAUUUGGUUUUAUUAGUGUGAUUAAGAAAUGGACUGGAUACAUAGUACUUUAUUUUCUUGUCCGUGUAGUAGAACUGUUUUUCUUUUUUUUUUGGUUGAUUAGUGCAGUCGACGAAAGUAUCAAGUCUCAUGUGAUGUCACAAUAUUUAUUGAAAUGGUGUUGCAGCUUUUCUCUCCUGAACGCACUCUUCUCUCUCUAUGUAAUACUUGCAAUGGCAAUCGAAGCAGACAAAGACAAGGACGAAUAAGUGUCGAGUUACCAAGGAUCAUGCUUAUUUAGCGAUCAUCGUUUACAACAAAAAACAUUUAAACGUAACAAAAAUAAAAUGAAAAUAUAUUUAUAUAUUAAAAAUUAUCGAAAGUAUAUAUAGUAUUUUAUAAUGACAAUAGUAAUAUAAUUAUUUUUGUAAUUAACAAUUUUUCAAGCAACAGGGAAAAUAAUUUGCAGCGCAUUGGUUUGUAUGUCUCACAUGGCAUUAUGUCAAUCUGACAGUCAGCUGAGUGUAUGUAAACAAUAUGUAAAAUUUGCUAUAAAUACGUAGC